AUGUCCUAUGACCGCUAUGUGGCCAUCUGUAAGCCCCUUCAUUACACGACCAUUAUGAACAACAGGGUCUGUACCAUCCUGGUCCUGUGCUGCUGGAUCUCUGGGUUAAUGAUCAUCAUCACGCCACUUGGCAUGGGCCUCCAGCUGGAAUUCUGUGACUCCAGUACCGUUGAUCAUUUUGGCUGUGAUGCAUCUCCCCUUUUAAGAUAAUGCUCAGAUACGUGGUUCAUAAAACAGACUGUUAUUAUUUGUGCAGUGUUAACAUUCUUUAUCACACUAAGAGGUGUGAUUCUUUCAUACCUACAUAGCAGGACAAUUCUAAGAUUCCCCUCCACUCAGGAAAGAAAGAAAGCUUAUUCCACUUGUUCUUCUCAUAUGAUUGUUGUUUCCAUCACUUACGGUGACUGUAUUUUCAUCUAUAUUAAACCUUCAGCCAAAGAAGAGGUGGACAUCAAUAAAGGGGUAUCUUUGCUCAAUACAUCUGUUGCCCCUUUACUGAACCCCUUCAUUUAUACCUUGAGGAACAAGCAAGUGAAACAAGCUUUCAAUGACAUAAUCAAAAAGAUUUCAUUUCUUGUCUGCACUAAGCUUGCAGUAUAUUUGAUUAAUCACUGA